AUGGGAUCCUGUCCCAGUCCUGAAUACCAGCCUAGGAACUUGCGCAUGGGUUCCCCUGGUCAAAACUAUCAAGUUGUCACUCCUAAACCUGGAAUACCAAACAUGUAUAUUGUACAGUCUAUGGGAGAGGAUGAAUGGGCAAUUCCAGAGUCAACAAGCCCUAAAAAGGAGACCAAUCAGCAAGAAGAGACACCUCCAGCAAAUUCAACCAGUGUGAAGAUUCAAGCAGGACAACUUGCAUACCUAAUGUCUGAUGGAGAAUCUGAUUCAGAUAAGGAAUAUGAACCACUGGAAGAAAGAACAUCAGUCAAUCAUACUGGACAAUUUAUUACCUACCAGAAUAAUCAAGCUAGUGUCAAUAACAAUAUUAUGGAAGAUGUUGAACCAAUCAAUCAGAAGAAGCCUGAAAUUCAGAACAAGAUCAUGAAGAAACAAAGACCAAGAUAUUCUGCAAUAAAUCAUUUAUUCUCUCAGAUCUGUGAUUCAACAGAUGCCAAUAAAUUAAUGGGUCAAAUUCUCAAUGAGAAGGUUGAAGUGUCAGUCAAGAAGCUUAUAGAUGUUGGAGUCUCCAAACUGGUUCAGCCUGAGCUAAAGAUCAAUUCCAGUCAACUUACAUUGAAGCCCAUGGUACCAAAAUCCAAAACAGCAUAUGGAAUGUGUUUAUUAUAUGCGCCAGUCACUAUAAACCAACAAGAAUUAAUGGCAUUGAUUGAUACUGGUUCAGAAAUCAAUUUGUUGUCUCAGAAGUACACUGAAAUGUUGAAUCUGCUGAUGGAAAAUAAGCUGGAGGGGAUCAGCAACUUAUUCUUGGAAGAUCUUGACAAUUUGCUGCCUGUUGAGGAUGCAACAUCUCAGAUGAUGGAGAAGUGA